AAGAUCUUGUUGUUUGAUUUUGAAGUUUUCGAUUUAAAAAAAAAAAUAAAUAAAAAGUUACUUCACUUUGUGCAUAAUAAUUACAGUAAGUGCGGAUUAAAUGUAGAUUUUUCGAUAUUUUCUGCCAGUAAAUUUGCUUGAUCAUUACUUCAUUACACUGUUGGUCAUGGCGAUGUGACUUUCCAUCAUAAAGCAAAAAGUUCUACUCAAAUCAUUUAGCGGACAUCAAAACAGCGUUUUGUGGGCUGCUGGAGCUACUGAUAUCUGUUUUGUGAAGUAAUCAUUUAGUUGUUAGGAUCCAAAUAUGGACCAAAGUGCUGUAGAGGAUGACGAAUAUUCGAAUCUUUCCGGAGAUACAUCGUCUUCACAAAUGUCAACAAGCUCAGACUCCAGUGCCUCGGUCAAGGAAUCCGCUCGAAGGCAAUUUGAAUCGACCAAGAUAACAACCGAAAUCAUUAAUCUUCCUAAGGAAUUGUGCGAGGAUAAAGAGGUUUUCAAGGAAUUUUUCUCAAUGGAAACAUGGCACAGUCUGUCGGAUCCGAUACGAAAACAUUUGGGCAUGUAUCUGCCCAUGUUUACCGACAACAUUGAGUUUGAAAAGAAAAGCAUUAUAGAGUCUCUAUUCAAUAAUCGACUAACUCGAUUUGACUCUUGUCCGCUGGAGCGACUCCAGCGAAUGCUAGAAGAGGGCAACUGUAGACCAGAAAUAUCUACUUUGAACAAAAGCAUUGCCAAAGCUGAAAGACGGGAGCAGCGUUUUCAGGAAUGCGAGAGACUAACGGAAGUAGCCCGAAAAGUGUCUAUGUCUCGAGAAAGGAUUCUUCGAACUGUGUGCCAAAGCGCACCUCGAAGUUACUCCUCCGGCCAGCAGUUUGUGUACUCAUCGAGGUCUCCGCUGUUUUCGUCGGCGAAUGCAAUGCGAGCCAAAAAGAGAUAUCUGCAGGAAGUCGGUUCCAUCGCCGAGCAACUCAAUCUACCGGACAUCCUCUCCGACGAUGAAAAGUGCACCGAAGCAACAAUGAACUACAUUCCUCGAAAGCAGCGUCGACUGUUUGGCACUGUACAGGGAGGAGCGGCUAGUCCAGGCGCUGAUGUACGCAUCGUGAACACGCUGGGUUACAAAGAUGAACAAACAACAACGGGGUACUUAGUAGGCCCGAACGGUAAAAUUUCCAUCUCCGACAGCCACUAUCGAGAGCUUUUAGUUCAACAUAAAAGGCGAAAAAUCACAGAACUGGAUCACCCCGAGUUGGAUUGUCAGGAAAUUAAACUCAAAGAUGUAGUUUCGAGGACGCAAGCUUCUUCAGGGUAUCGCCGUAUUAUGCCACUGCCGAAAGUGAAUAUAACCGAAGAUGCUUUUGUACCGGAAGGAAAGCUGCAAAACCAAUUGAAUAUAAUGACUCCAACAGCUUAUCCUGAGAGUUCCACUUCGAAUGACGUAAAAGCACAAGUCGCUAAUCCUUUAGCGCAGGACAUGGUGAGCAGCGCAGACCAAAAUACAAUCGAUGGCGGUAAUUCUGACGAAUCGCUCUCAUUGAAUAACACCGCUGAAUCAUCCCGAGCCACCAGCGAAACAGAAGUCUACAUCAAAACAAUUCGUUUCGAUUCCGAAAAGAGUACUGACGAAGGCAACACAGAAGUCAACUUGACAACACCCCAGGAUACUGGAAACAAUAAUGACGCAUUGCGGUCGAUGGCCUUAGUGGCAGAUGAAGUGAAUAGCAAUGCGAGAAUUCCUUAUGAAACGAUUAAUGUUUUCAAGCCAAUCAACGAGUCUACAAUCUCAGAAAACAUUGAAUGCGAACAAGACGUGCCAAUAGGACGUUCAACUCCCCAUAUGGAUCGCAUUAGCAUUACAGAAGAGGAACGGAAUCAAUCUGUGUCGAUGAAUCCACAGUUUAAUUCGGAUGAGAAUCCUCCAUCAGUUAAAAGUAUAAUUGAACAGAGUAAUGAGCAAUUACAUUCAAUUUUGCCUGGCAUUGAGAAAUCAUCAUAUGAAAAAUCUAUGCCAGAAUUGAUGCAGGAAACUCAUAAAUGCUUUCUUUCUCUUAUACGGGAUAUGUUUUGUUCUACACCGGAUCAUCGAUUGACGAUCGAUGAACUAAAAGUGAAGCUAAAUGUAUGGCUUAAGACUCCCAUCGCUGCUCUCAAUGACUGGUACUUGCAAGCAGACGACAAAUGGGAUGAGAUGUUACAUUCUGCAAUUCUGUUUCUUUCUGGUGAAUUUUCCGAUCAGCCAGACGACUUUGUUCCAUACAUCGAGCAUAAGAUCCAGUUGAACAUUUAUCAAUGGAUAGGAGCUUCGCGGGAUUCAGAUCAUCGUCUAUUGGACUUGUGCCAGUAUUGGCUCCGACGGAGGUAUGAGAUGGGUAUUAGAAUUCAGUCAAAACCGAUGAAAGUAACUAGCACUAAGCAAAAGUAUGCCUCACCAAAUAGUAGCACAACUAUUGAGGAUGAUGAUGGAUCGUCCGAGAGAACUAUUUCGCCUCCCCCACCACGCUAUCCAACCGACUGGUCGGUGAGGAAAGCAACUGAAGAAGAAAUGCAAUUGUUCCGUGAACAGGAAAGGCGACGGUACGAAAAUCCACACAUGGCUUUCACUUACAAACAGCAUUCCUAUAACAGCGUAGUUGGGCCCGUGAAAGGCAUCUACACACAGGUACCGGGAAUAUCAAAAGCUCGGGGUCACAACAUGUUGGUUGCAGAACGACCAAAUUUUGUUACGAUUCUAACAUUAGUUCGAGAUGCUACUGCUAGAUUACCCAAUGGAGAAGGCACCAGAGCCGAUAUUUGUGAAUUACUGAAAUCUUCUCAGUACAUUUCGCCAACAGCAACAGAUCAGGUGUUACAAACAAUUGUUAGUGGAGCGCUGGAUCGCAUGCAUACUGAACACGACCCAUGUGUAAAAUAUGACACCAAGAGAAAGAUAUGGAUUUAUCUGCAUCGGAAUAGGACAGAGGAAGAAUUCGAAAGACUGCAUCAUCAGUAUCAGGGCGUCGCGAAACAUAAAAAGCCAGUCUACAGAAAGACUAAAUCCAAGGAAACACCAGGUACAACGCCCAAGAAAGCUAUAUCGGAGCCUCUAAUCAAAAGCAACUCGCAAUCAUCUAUGGAGAAUGAUAGCAUACAUAGUGAACCCACACUAGAUAUAGGCAGCAUUUCAAUGCCUUCUGUAGAAUCUCCUGUUACGCUGGCCCCUACAUCAAUACUUGUCAAAUCAAAUGUAACAACGGUCCUAGCGAAUGAUAAGGCUACCAGCAGUACUUUACCUUCACUGAUCUCACCUCAAAAAAUUGGAAUCCCACCUAUUACUACAGUUGAACAGAAUACACAGAUUACGCAACCUGAAGCAACAGAGGGAUCGUUUAUAAAAAUUCAAGCAAUGGAAAAUGUUUCUCCGAAAAUAACUGUGUGUACCAAUGCGCCACUUGUGUCACAAGCCAAAGAAGCUGUACCAAUCAGAGUCGCCACACCAUGCAAAAUUCAAGCUGUUCAUAUCUCAACCACGCAACCACAAGUUAUUGCAAGGCCAGUUAAAACGAUAUUACCUACGGAUAAAACCGACCCAACUGCUGCCAAAUCAAUUCUCACAAAGAAAAUUAUAACCACAACGGUUCCCGCUAAGCCUUUAGUAAUAACAUCUGCACCCGCGACGACAUCCAACAUUUGCAAUAUUUCAGGUGCAAUACCAGUACAAGUUUCGAUGGCACCCGCAGAUGCAGAACGUGGUGUUGCACACAGUUUUAUUGUCCCAGUGUCACUUGGCGCCGAAAGUGCAAGUCCGGCACGGGCAAGAUUGAUUCCGGCCACCAGUAGUCAUGUUAGCAUUUCGAAACCACCGAAUCGAGUACAAACUGUUCCUUCGAACACAGCACCCGUUAAUGUCGUGAAAGCAGCAACUUCGCUGCUCCAGCCAAAGAAUCCGAUGUCGCUGCUAACGCAGGUUUCCAAUGCAACCGUCAAAUCAGUAGUUCAACAACAGGAAUCGUUCGUAAUGGCGACAAACAGACAGCAAAAAGUAACCUGCGUCAGUGCUAGUGCCAGCAGCUCUUUGCCCACUUCGUCGUCGUCUGUCUUACUCAAAGCAGAAAGUGCUACACCAACAUCAGGGGUGGAAAUUAUCAACACGAUUACCGUGCCUAAAGGACAGCAAUCUGUGUUAACACCUGCGCAACAGAAACAAAUUUUGCAAAAUUUACUUGCCCAGCAAAACAAGCAAGUUUUCACUUCGAAACCAGUUAUCCUGGGACAGUCUGUUAGUUCAGGUACCAACACUGCCUGUAUAAUAAAUUCCGCCAAUAUUUCAACCAAUGUACAAAAUAUACAACAAAUAAAAGGAGCCCGACAGAUACAAAAGAUCCCUGCUCUUACUCUUUCAUCGUCUAGUACCAGAGGCACGUCGACGGUGUUCCAAACGAUUGGAUCAAGCGUCGGAAGUCCUCACGUAAUACAGAUAAAAUCAGCAGGCAACGUACUGAGCGGAGCUGGUGGUGCUAAAAUACGUCCAAUUGUUGCGACUGUCAAGGAGCAAGCUCAGAUCAAACAAUUGUCACAACAAUCGUUAAUUACCAAAGCUAUAAAUUUGCCAUUGAAGAACGAUGGCCAAGAAAUUAAUGUGGUCAAACCAACAACAAAUAUGAAUGUACUGGUGGAUGUGCCCAAGGCUUCUCCCAGUUUGGUCCACACUGCUAUUCCAGGAACUUCGGUGACACAAAUCAUCAAAUCAUCAGCUCCUAUCAUUCACCCAUCUUCUAAUGUGAUACGAACUGUGAACGUCAGUCAAGGCACCCCACAGGUUGUAGCUAAAGUGGUCAAAAACGUUGGAGAAAAUCAAAUUUUAUCACUAGACAGCAUAAUACCCCGGCAUCAGCAGAUAACAGAUGCAGCAAUACGGUUGGCAGACCCUAAAACGAUGAAGACGCAGCUAAUCCACUUGUCAAGUAGUGGUCCCUCUGGUUCGCCCAUCGCACAGUACGCAGUAGUGCCUCAGAACAGAAGCAUUAUUUCAGUUGCACAAUCUUCGGCCCAUUGCCACACGCCUACGAUCUUAACGACCACAGCGAACAGGAGUGCAGAUCCCAAGUCAACCCAUGUCCUCGCUACCAAUCACGGUACGGUAACCAGCGUUAGUCACACACCGGUAACAUCUGUUGCGCUGAGAAGUGGAUCCGAAUCUGGUUCUAAUUUGUUGCAUUCUGUACAGGCAACACAAGGACAGCUGCAACAACAGAGCAUCCCACAAGUGAUCACCAAAAUAACCGGUUCACCGAAAAUGCUCUCUGCAAAAGUACGCAAUGGAACUAGCUUCAUCAAUUCGUCUUCAAUCAACUUUGCGACUAUCGGAGGUAACCCACUUAUAAUAGCUAGCAAGCCAGCAAUUAGACCUGAAACUAUCCAACACAAUGGAGCAAAUGCUGUUUUUCAAAGCACCCCGGUCUCUACUGAAUCCGCCAACAUCGUGUAUGGAAGGCAGGCCGUCAAAGUCCAAGGCAAUAUUGUGUCCCAGGGACACGUAAAUAUAGUCAAUGCUCAACAAAGUGGAAAUGCUUCCACUCAGAAACUGCUGCUAAACAAUCAACUCGUGAAAGUAAGAACUGUCCCCCGGCAGCCCCAUCAAAUGCAAAUUUCCUUCGCACAGCAACCAGGUGUUACCACUGGAUUGGGUGCCAAUACAGGCAUUAGUGUGGUAAAAACCCCUAGCGCUGGCAUUGCUUUAGAACAGCAGGAUAAGCCCACGAUGAGUAACGUUGUGCAAAAGCCAACUGUUGUGGCAACACCUAUUAAGGCCACCCAAAAGGUUGGAAUCCGUUUAAACCAGCCUACCCAACGGGUAGUACUAGCCACACAAGGAGGGCAGCUAGUGACACAGCAAAUAAUUGUGCCCCAAGGAUUUCAAGGAGGUGCUUUUAAUAUCAAAAGGUUAAAAGUUAUUCCAGUCAAUAAUCAACAAAAAGGUUCAAUAUUACGGCCCCAAAUUAUUACGACGCAAAGUAAACCUGCAGCAUCCUCAAAUAAUACAGCAACAUCAUUGAACGUUAGCGAUACUGCUAUUGAUGGCAGUAGUAAAUUAUAUCAUGUUUUCAAUGCCAGUUCAAGUAGUACCAGUAAUCCUAAUGACAGUGUUGACAUAAACCUAGACCCGAACACAAAAUAAAUUAUUUUAUAAGUAUACAUAAAAUGAUCAUGAUUGUCAAAGUGUACAUUGUAUAUUAUUUAUUGAUUCUUGUAUAGUUUUGCUUGUCAAAGUUUUAUAUUGUUCAAAUAAAGCCGUUUGAAUCAUCAA